AAAAGGGCCUAAUCCUUGCAAACCUGCGCUUUGGCUUUCAGUGGAGGAAGGACAGUCGACAUACGUUUCGGGACAGUACAGCAUAUAAAAGACUUAUCUAAACAGAGCAAUGGCAGUUGGUUGUUGUGCGAACUUCGUGAAGUACACACUGUUUGUGUUCAACUUGCUCAUAUUUAUCGGUGGAGUAGCCCUGCUUGCUGCUGGAGUCUGGGUUGCCGUUGACACUAGUGGUGCCACUGCCACCCUUGCCUCCUUCCUCGGUUCUUCAUCCUACGCGACUGCCGCUUACGUCCUGAUCGUGUGUGGUGCUGUCAUCCUCAUCCUUGGCUUCCUGGGAUGCUGUGGAGCGAUUAGGGAGAGUCGAUGCUUGCUGGGAACUUUCUUUGCUCUCGUCCUCCUCAUCUUCCUUGUCCUCCUGGUCGGUGCCAUCCUGGCCUUCGUCUUCAAGGACACCGUCACCUCAUUCCUCAAAACAUCCAUGGAACAAUCUCUCAAGGAAAAAUAUGGUGUCGCUGGGGAACAGGGAAGCACAGAUGCAUGGAAUGCUGCUCAGGAAAAUUUCCAAUGUUGUGGUCUUGCUGGCGACUAUAAAUCAGGUGAAUCCUGGUUGAUGUGGAAGGACAGCACAUGGGGAAAGAUGCAAGUUGCCAACAGUACAGGAGUCAUGGUACCAGCCUCCUGCUGUAUGAAGAGCAACACCACCACGUAUACAGAUGAGAUGAAGUGCCAGGGGAAGACCGUUGUUGCCGGAGCGCCACCUACUGCCAACCCACCAACUGCUGACAACCCAGACAUGUACACCCAGGGCUGCUACGAUCGAGUUGGGGAUAUCAUCUCAGGCAACAGUGUCCUUCUUGGUAUCAUCGCAAUUAUGAUUCUAAUAGUUUUGCUGAUGGCCAUGAUUUUCUCCAUGUGGCUGUGUCGCAGGGUCACAUACGCCACCUAUACCCAGACAAGUACAACAAGAAGUGCCUAAGCCCCCACUGCCCACCACUACUUGACACUGACCCAAAGGAAAACAUGUAUCAUACUUUGAACAUUUGGAAAGGAAAACAAAUCAAUGUCAGAACUGCAAAUAACUUUUGCUCAAGUAAAAACCAGCACCUGCCUCUAAAGCAUAAGAUAAUGGAUUUGGAUACUGUGUGAGAUUGUGAAUUGCACUUUCACUGAUAUGUAGCUGAAUCUUGGAUGGAUGUCACAGUACAGAACAUCUAUUUUGGUAUCUGUCUUCAUAAGUGUGGCAGUGAACUGUGGCCAAUUUGAAUGAUCUGCCAUGAUUACUGUAAGUACAGUCAGGAGCCACCAUGACCUUCAAAUUGAAGUGCCAUUUGGUUUUUGACUGAGACAAACACAUCAAUGCAGGAUGAUUCGUCCCUGUCUUACAAACCUUAGAUUUUUAGAUUGUGAUUGAGAAGGCAGACAGCUGAUAAUGGGACUAAUAUUGUGGUCUUUGUGCAAUAUGAAUGUAAAAUAUCACGAGGCACUUUGCACAUCUAACAUGGUAGCAAUAGACAUCAUUAGUUUGUUCUGGGAUGACGACUUCAAUACAAUGUCACCUGUCUCGACCAAAGUGUAUUGACAUCGUGCAUUAGCAGAAUAAAAUAGAGAGUAGCAUUAGAGAUUGUUAGUUUAGAUGUUAGUUUUAAUGCCGAUGGGCACCAGCUGUCUUUUGGUCGAUGAGACUGUAAUGGAUGUAUAUUUUUGCACUUUUGAAAUAAAUUAACGUUCUCUCGUAA